AUGAUGUUUGGAAAGAACCAGCUGCAGUCUAAUGAGGCUGAAAAACUUGUGCAACUUGUGAAAAUGACUUCACGUGCAUGACAGCCAUCUACACCAUGCAAAUUUUCCAUCAAACCUCGUUGAAUAAUCAAUCAGACCCACGUUUCACACAUCAGACCCGUUUAUAGGCCAUAAUCAUGAUUCGUUAACCUCCUUACGAAUCCCACCAAGAAAGAAACAUUGUUGAGAAUUUCAAAAACAAAGAACAUGGCUUGGGAAUGGAAGGAAGAAUACCUGGAUAUGAUCCUGGUGCCAUUAGGGUUCUUGAUCUUGUGCAUCUAUCAUCUCUUUUUGCUCUACAGGUACCGCAAACAACCUAAUCUCACUGCAAUCGGCUACGAGAACCACAACAAGAAGGCCUGGGUUGAGAAAAUGCUAUUGAUGGAUGUUAAAGAUAGAGGAGUUGCACAGUCAGUUCUUAGCGGCCAUUUAUCGGCCUCAACUACGAUGAGCUCAAUUUCUCUAGUGCUAUGCUCUUUUAUAGGAGCAUUACUUGGAAACUCAUCUGAUAACUUUCUUACAAGCAGAUUUAUCUUAGGGAACUCAAGUGAAUCCAUCAGCACCAUCAAAUACAUAGCUAUUUUAUCUUUCUUUUUACUGGCCUUUGCUUGUUUUGUACAAACUACAAGACACUUUGUGCAUGGGUGUUUCCUCAUAAGCAUGCCCACUGGCGAUGUUCCGGUGGGUUGCAUCCAGAAGGCGGUGUUAAGAGGAAACAACUUCUGGAUAGUCGGAUUGCGAGCACUUUAUGUUGCAGCCAUUUUGCUUCUAUGGAUUUUUGGCCCGAUUCCUAUGUUGGUUGGUUCAGUAGCUACAGUGAUAGUUUUGUAUUUGCUGGAUAUCAAUAAAGACCCCAUGAUUCAGUAUAAACAUAACAUGGAUGGUAAUGGUAAUGGUAAUGGUAAUGGUGGUAUCCUUUUGAAGAAUAAUGAGCAGGAAUUAACUUCUGUGGUUGAGUCUUUUGAACACAAUGAAAGACAAUAAAGAAAUGGAAGAGAUAGGGUAUUUUGGAAGAUCAAAUCUCUCUUUGUUGUAGUUAUGUCAUCCCUGUGUAUAUGUUGUUUUUAAGAUUGUUAUUAUCAUCAUAACCUAUGUAACAAUAUUUGAACAUUGCAGUUAUUAUGUAGAUACAUAUAGUAAAAUAAACAUAUAAUUUAUUACA